UAUUUUAUGCAAAAUCCAAUCUCCGACUUUGCUCGGUCACAAUCCAUGCUAAAAUUAUUCUCGGGGACCAAACAGAUCCUCGUGAAUUGUCUCUGUACUCGAUCUCAUAUUUUAAGAGGAGCCAAGAAACCAAAAGCCACAGGGGUAAUAAUUAACCGGUGGACUGAACAGUUUGUCAUAAAUUUCAUUUCAAAUCAAGGACAUCUAUAUGCAUUGUCCGAGUCUUUUCAUUUCCUUGGCGUGUUCUCCUGAAUUUUUCUUUAUAAAAAGCCUCCCCUUCUAUCUGUUUUGCUCCCACUCACUACUCCAAAACAAGUACUUUGUUCUCAAAUGGCGUUCCGUCGAGAUUUUGCCAGUAAUUACCAGUUUCUUGGCGCUGCAUUUAAUGGAGACCUCAACCUACUGAAAAGACAGGCAAAUGAACUUGAUAUGGGAGAUGGUUUAGAGGAAACAGUAGCAAACAUCAAGGAUUUGAAUGGUCGAACUGCACUGCAUUUUGCUGCAGUAGGAGGAAGGGCUCAUGUUUGCCGGUACCUUACGGCAGAAGCUAAACUAGAUGUUAAUGCGAGAGAUGGGAAAGGUGAAACUCCUUUGCACAAUUCUAUUACAGCAGAUCGUUAUCCAACCGCAGUUCAUCUUCUUGAGAAUGGGGCAAACCCGAAUGCAGCAACCGACAGCGGACUCACUCCUCUCCAUUACGCUGCAAAGUCAGGGUUGAAGAAAUUUCUAUUACUGCUGAUUUUGAAAGGUGCUGAAGUGGAUGCAAAAGCUGAUUCUGGCACGCCAUUGAAGUGGGCUGCAAUUCAUGGUCAGAAAAAAGCUGUUAAAAUCUUGUUGGAUAAUCAUGCCGAUCCAAACAUGAUUUUUGAUUUCAUUCAUUCCCCCUUGGUGGCAUCCAUUUUGGCUUCGUCAUUUGACAGUGUAAAGCUAUUGCUUCAGGCUGGAGCUGAUCCAAACACGUGCUCUCUUGGGAUGACACCGUUAGAAGUGGCAGCUUCUAACGGGGAGACGCAAGUUAUAAGAUGCUUGCUGAAUGCCGAGCUGAUCCAAAUGUGACUAAUAGUCUUGGUUUAACACCAGUUGAAGUUGCUGCUUUAGGUGGUCAUAUUAAGGAUGUCAGAAUUCUCUUGCCAGUUACAUUUCCUAUUCCUAAAGUUACUGACUGGAGCUUUGAUGGAAUUAUGAAGUACGUUAACUCAGAAAAGUUCGAAAGAAAGAGGAAACUCAGAAAAUUGGAGCAUUUUUUUCUGUCAACAUCCAAGGGAGAAGAUGCAUUCAUGAGAAAGGAUUAUGUUAACGCCAUCCGUUGGUAUACGGAGGCUGUUGACACAGAAGCAGCUCUCUUAUCUAGUCAAACGUUUUUGGUAGAAGCAUUUAUUUUAACCAAUCGAAGUUUGUGCUGAGCUCACUUGAAUGAAGGUGAUCUUGCCUUGAGAGAUGCUAUAGGUAGCCGGAUGGUGCUGCCUUCCUUGCCAAAAGCACACUAUGCUGAAGGAGUUGCCUGGAAUUUAUCAAAAGAUUUCAAGCGUGCAGCAGAAUCUUUUCUUACUGGUAUGCGGCUCGAUCGAAAAAACAGGCAGCUAAAUGAUCUUUUCAGGGAUCAUAGAGAGAUUCUACAAGCUCUUGACAUGCCUCCAAAUAUGUGAAAUUUGUAUGCGUCCUUUCUUAGUGGUCAUGCUGACGCUCAAACAAUCUGUGAUUCCUGCGGAAUCUUUUCUUUUAUGGACUGCAAAUCAGAAGUUUACUUAAAUGUUUUUUAUAAGUUUAUUAAUAAUUGCCAUUUUCUUAAUAUAAUUUUAGUGUUUACAGGUUAUUUGCCUAGUAAAUUGCCUGGUUAUUUGUCUAGAAAAUUGGAAGCCGGAUUUUUAGAUCUUGGGACGUUACAAUUUUUAAAUU